AUGCCUGAUGCGUUACGAGACUUAAAUAUCUGGUGGUAUGGUCCACCAUGGUUAGAAUAUGAUGAGGAAAAAUGGCCCUCUGAGGAUUUUCUUGCAUCAGAUAUUCAGUUACCCGAAGCAAGGGUUACAGUAUUAUCGGCUGAAGUGAAGGCCAAGCUGGAAUUUAGCAUAUUUGAUCGCUUCUCCAAACUUUAUCGUCUCAUACGCGUCAUCGCCUUCUGUUACAGGUUUAUAAAAAAUUGUAAAUCGAACAAAAUCAGUGCUUUGCAAUCACAUAGUACGAGUAAGGUGGUGCAAUCAUUGAUCACAGAUGAAUUGGAGCACUCUAGACUGAUUCUUAUAAAAAUAGUACAAUCCGAAGCGUUCGAAUUAGAAUUACAUCAUCUGAAGAACAAUGAAUACAUAAGCUCACACAGUAAAAUUGCGAAAUUGAAUCCAUUCAUAGAUGAGCAAGGAAUUUUGCGAGUUGGCGGUAGGCUAAGACACGCCAGCGUCUCUUACGAAUAUAAGCAUCCGAUUUUGUUACCAGGCAAACAUCCAUUUACUCGACUAGUCAUUGUAUGUGAACACGAACGACAUCUGCAUGCGGGCACACAAGCAACCUUAGCGGCGGUUCGUCAAAAUUAUUGGCCGACAUCUGCGCGGAGCAUUGUUCGUGAUAUUGUAAGAAAAUGUAUAGUGUGCGUUCGUAAUGCUCCAAAGAUAGUCUCGACAUUAAUGGCCGAUCUUCCCAAGGCGCGAGUAAAUCCUGUGAAAUAUGCCUUCCAAAAAUGUGGCGUCGACUAUGCGGGCCCUUUCUGGUAUAAGGAAGGUCAACGAAAAAACGCGAAAUUAAUAAAAUCUUAUAUAGCGUUAUUUGUUUGUUUUGCCACUAAGGCAGUACAUUUGGAGUUAGCUGCGGACCUUUCCGCGGAGACUUAUCUAAGCGUUCUCAAAAGAUUUAUUGCUAGAAGAGGGCGCCCCAGCGACAUUUAUUCAGAUAAUGGGUUAAAUUUCGUAGGAGCCAAUCAUGAAUUAAAUGACUUACAUAAACUUUUUAACAACGACAUUGAUAAUCGUAGGAUUGUUGAUUUUGCGACAAUUGAAGGCACAAGGUGGCAUUUUAUUCCUCCUCAAGCUCCACACAUGGGUGGAUUGUGGGAAGCUGCUGUGAAGAGCGCUAAAUUUCAUUUGAAACGUAUCAUCAACGAAGCAUCAUUAAAAUACGAUGAAUUGUUUACUUUAUUAGUUCAAGUGGAAGCUGUAUUGAAUUCGAGACCACUUAUGCCAUUAACAAGCGAUCCUAAUGAUUUAAGUUUCUUGACGCCCGGUCAUUUUUUAGUCGGAUGCCCGAUAACUAUGUACCCGGAACCUAGUAUUGAAAAUUUACCAGCUAACAGAUUGUCUCGAUGGCAGCGGGUAGAGCAAUUAAAGCAGCACUUUUGGCGACGUUGGGUAAGAGAGUAUUUACACAAUUGUCAAACGCGAGUAAAAUGGAAUACGCAUAGUGCACCUGUUAAGGCCGGACAAAUGGUGAUAUUAAAGGAGGAUAAUCUACCACCCUUAUGUUGGAAAUUAGCUCGCGUAGAAGAAGUGUAUCCAGGCGAUGAUGAUAUUGUGCGUGUUGUUUCCGUUCGAACCUCUAAGGGAAUCUACAAGAGACCUAUUACUAAAUUGUGUGUUUUACCCAUCGAUCAACAAUCAUAG